GCCCCGCGCAGCGCGCGCGGCCCGCAGGGACCGCGGUUGGACGCGAACGUGACGCAGGCGUGACGCGGGCGUAGCCGCUCCCGAGGCGUUCGCGCUGCCCCUGCCGCGCUCUGAGGCAGUCGUAGCUCGGCCCGUAUCGCCAGGCCCGGGCCACCCCCAGGCCUCUGCCGCCCGCUGCCCGCCAUGGACGACUACGCGGUCCUGUCGGACGCCGAGCUGGCUGCCGUGCUGCGCCAGUACAACAUCCCGCACGGGCCCGUCGUGGGUUCCACUCGCAAGCUCUACGAAAAGAAAAUCUUCGAGUAUGAGACCCAGAGGCGGAGGCUCUCGCCCCCGAACUCGUCCACAUCCUCUUUCUCCUAUCGGUUCUCGGACUUAGAUUCAGCGUCCGUGGACUCGGAUAUGUACGAUCUGCCCAAGAAAGAGGACGCCUUACUUUACCAGAGCAAGGGCUAUAAUGAUGACUACUAUGAGGAGAGUUACUUGACCACCAGGACUUACGGGGAGCCUGAGUCUGUGGGCACAUCCAAGGGCUUCCGCCAGCCCUCGGCUUCACUCUCAGAUGCUGACACCUUUCACCACCAGGUUCGCGAAGACAAUCUUUUCUCUUCUGAAGAGGAGGGCAAGGAUAGGCCUUCCUGGCCUAUCUGCUCUCCUCUUUGCUUUAGGGAACGCCCCGUGUAUGGCCGGGACAGUGCCUACCAGAGCAUCGCACACUACCGUCCUGUUUCCAACGUCUCCAGAAGCUCCCUGGGCCUGUCCUAUUACCCCACCUCCUCCACCUCUGCCGUGUCCUCAUCUUCAUCUCCUCCUCCUUCGUGGCUCACCCGCCGUGCCAUCCGGCCAGAAAAGCAGGCCCCUGGGGCUGGUCUGGGCCAGGAUCGCCAGGUCCCACUCUGGGGCCAGAUGCUCCUGUUCCUGGUCUUUGCUGCCUUCCUGCUUUUUGUUUACUACUCCAUGCAGGCCGAGGAUAGCAACCCCUUCUGGGCGGGGCCCUGAGGGUCUGGCUUGGUGGCUUGGGGCCAGCUGCUCUUGGAAGUCCUGGCUGACUGCCUUAGCAGUGUUUUCUGGGGGAGGGGGGUUGGGGCUUUUCUGUGUGUUCUAGCUUGGGGGUACUGGGACAGGGGCAAUGUUUGCUUCCCCUGCCUUGUCCUGCCAGGGAGGCAGCAGGCCUGGGCCCUCUGCAGCAUGGUGGGCCUGGGCAGGUGUUCCUCUGGAGCCUCCUGGCCCUACUUGCCUCUGACCCUUAGGGCCUAGGAGGGCAAGACCCUUCUCGUGGAGAGGAGAACAUGGUUGUCGUCAUUGCAUGCCUCCUGUUCAUUGUCACCUCAUUGGGGGGGAUUAACCAAAGGCCACCCUGACUUUGUUUUCGUGGACAAUAAAAAGACUUUAUUUUUAA